UAUAACCAAAAAAAAAAGGACAAUAAAAAGGGAGAAAGCUGGUCUUCGUUCAGGUCACACAGAAGAAGAGGAGGAGAACACGAUUAACAGAUUGAGCUCGAAUACUCAGAUAAUGAAAGGGGCAGGUGUGAAGAAGAAAACCCAGGUGGUGAACGACGCUGGUGAGGCGGAGACGGCGGUGGAAACAGCCGGAGGAAGCGGGAAAAGAAGUGGAGACGGUGGGUUUGGCAGUGACGACGGCGGAGGAGGAGAUUCGAUUCUCCGCGAGAUGGGUGAUGAUAGACGUACGGAGGACGAGGAAGAAGAAGAAGACGACGAAGACGAAGAGGAUGAAGAAGACGGAGGAGGAGAAGGAGGAGGAGGGAAAGAGGAAAGGCCAAAGCUUGACGAAGGGUUUUUCGAAAUCGAAGCUAUUCGUCGCAAGAGAGUUCGUAAAGGAAAGGUUCAGUAUCUAAUUAAAUGGCGUGGAUGGCCAGAAACUGCCAACACAUGGGAGCCUAAAGAGAAUCUCCAGUCUAUUGCUGAUGUUAUAGAUGCAUUCGAAGGAAGUUUGAAGCCAGGGAAGCCUGGAAGGAAGCCAGGAAGAAAGCGUAAACAUCAUGGAGGUUCUAAUUCUAAUACUCAGUUGAAGAAGAAGCAGCAACGUUUAACAUCUACUACAUCACAUGAUGCCUCUGAGAGAUCAGACUCUUUCACAUCUCUUAACAACUCUAGCCUUCCUAACAUUCGUGGUCCACUCAACGACGACCUCUGCGGUUCAGGAGAUGGGGAAGCUGCUUAUGCAGCAGCCAACCAAGUUGAAGCCAACAGCAGCAGGAGGAGUGUUGGGAUGGUUGGAGAGGAGAAAGAUUAUGAUCCGACGCUUAGCGAGCUGAGGGGACCAGUCGUUAACAGUAACGGUGCAGCAGGGUGUUCCCAAGGAGGAGGAGGAGGCAUUGAUAAUGUAAGACCAAAUGGGCUUCUCAAGGUUUAUCCUAAGAACAGUUGUGGGGUCAUAGGUGCUAAGAGGAGGAAGUCUGGUUCUGUGAAAAGAUUCAAACAAGACGCAUCCACAAGUAACAACAACAACAGCAACAACCACACAACAGCAGCUACUGAUCAGAAUGUGACACAAGAGUUGGCUACGUUAGACUCUUUUGGUGGAGUCGCGAGGAUAGGGAACGAGUAUCCUGGUGUGUUGGAGAAUAACAAUCUCUCUCAGAAAAGCAAGGUGGAGGAGCUGGACAUUGCGAAGAUCCUCAAGCCAGUGAAGUUCUCUUCAUCUGUGACAAACAAUGUACAAGACGUGUUGGUGACAUUCUUGGCUCUGAGGUCUGAUGGGGAGGAAGUGAUGGUAGACAACAGGUUUCUCAAGGCUCACAAUCCUCUUCUGCUGAUUGAAUUCUACGAGCAGCAUCUCAAGUACAAUCCGGAAAGAUAAGAAUUUGUUUGUAUACAGGACUUGUAGGUAGAGAGAGAAAGAUUUUAAGUUUUGCCUAGUGUAGAGUUGAUGUAGUGGCAAAGUUGUAUUCCCUGGGAGGUUUCAGAUUGUAUUUGCUUUUUAAUUUGGUGGAGAUUUAUUAUGUUAAAGCUUUCCUUGUUCAAGGAUCAAAGUUCAUGACUG